AUGACGGACCACCAAGCUGCAGCUACUGCUCGAGCAGUACCAUCAAAUAGUGUUCGAAACACUCGAUUUGGGGAUUUUGGAAGGUCGCCCGGGACUCUUGACGAGAACUCAUCACAGAAUUCAGGCCAGAGCCUUGGAGCAGGUGGUGCAGCAUGGGGUAUCUGGGGUACCUCCGCUAUCGGUAGCACGACUAUCGGUAGUGGUUUUGGAGCCACAACCAGUAGCAACAACGAAAGGAGAGGGUCUUUGGAGGGUAAACAAGGUUCUUCCUCACUUUUGGCAGGAUCUGGCGAGCAUGAGCCGUGGAGCAAUACCAAACCCACUGCAGUAGGAUGGACCGGCGAAUCCACAUCACCAGCUCUUUCAAAUGUGGCCAUAAGCCAAGAUCAUUCUCGUUCGCCAGCUCGACUUCGCAGUCAACAAUACGAUUCACCUCAGACUAGCUCAGAAGUCCCACGUACCUCAUCGCCGUACUAUUCUUCUAUCCCCCGUCAAGCAGCUGUUGGACAGGGGCCAUCUAUGAGUCAAUCUCCAAGUAGUAAAUCUUAUUUGGACCCUGCUUCGGCGGUCAGCUUUGGUGAGACUCUUGAUUUUCAAAAUGGGGGUCGAGGGCGUGGCCUUGAAAUGGGACAAGGUUUUGGUGACAGGAGACAUCUUGGCUCUGUUCUUGGUGCUAUCGAGGAUGAGGAUCCUAACCACACAAAUCGAGGGCGUGUAGUAUCCAAUCCACGUGGUGUUAAUACCGGUGCCGAGAUUCUGGGCACUAGUGUAUCAUCCGCUAGUCGUAGUGAGAGCCUUCCACCUCAGCAACGGGCAAAUUCAACACCACCCACAUAUAAUCCCAACCAGACACCGCAAGAGGCUGCUGGGUACGGAGCUUACACUCAUGUCCCAACUUCUCAUCCAGCUUCGCAUGGCCCUAAUCAUCCUAAUGUUGGCAAUUAUCCAGUUGGUGCGCAGGGUAGAUAUACUGACUUGACUCGAGAUACUCGCCAAGCAGAGAUGCUUGCACAGUUUCGUCAGGUUUCAGUCGAAGAUGAGAACGAUCAAUUUCCAGAUAGGCGUCGUCUACCGUUCACAGGAUCAUUUAACCAACCCCAAAACAAUCCAGGGAACUUGAACUACCCUUCACAGCCUUCGUUCGCCGACUAUCAGUACCAACAACAACAACGUCAGAAUGCCCAGGCCGUACCUCAAAGCUCGUCUCCAUGGGCUACAGAAGAGGGAACCUACACCCGUGGACAGGAAGGGUUUAGCAACGACCAAUAUAAUGGGGAUGGGUACGUUGAGGGCUACAACGAGUUUCGGACUAGGCCUUAUGAGAGAGUUGGUGCAAUGUCUCCAGGCGACCAAAACGUCGAUUUCCAGAGAAGAAGUUUGGCCAGCCCGUACUAUCCAAACGGGACCACUCCUCCGCAACAGGGGGACUUUCGCUCUGCUUCUCGUGGUGCUACUGCGCGCACGCCACCUUCGGUACAGCUGGGAUUGAACCAUGAGAAAUUAAGGCAACGGCUGUUAGUCACCCAACAACAGCAGCAGAGCCCCCAUUUAAGUCAAAGCCAGACUAUCAUGCGCGAUCAGCUCUAUCGUACUCAGCAACAGCAGCAACAGCAACAGCAGUUCCCUAUGUCUGGGCCAUAUGAUUACACAUAUAGCAAUUUGCGAAUGCAAAUGCCCGCUUAUCCCGGCGGUUCACCAAUCAGUCCUUUGGCUGCACCUACUCAUCCAGCUGCUCGGAGGCAUGAUGAUAUCGGAAGCCUUAGAAGCGCAUUAUUGGAAGAAUUCCGUUCAAACUCUAAAUCCAACAAACGUUAUGAGCUCAAGGACAUCUAUGGCCACGUUGUUGAGUUUAGUGGUGAUCAACAUGGAUCUAGAUUUAUCCAGCAAAAGCUUGAAACGGCAAACAGCGACGAAAAGGAUAUUGUCUUUGCAGAGAUUAAACCGAACUCUUUGCAGUUAAUGACAGACGUUUUUGGGAACUAUGUUAUUCAGAAGUUUUUCGAACAUGGAAAUCAGCUGCAAAAGAGUGUUCUGGCAAAGCAAAUGGAAAACCACGUUUUGACGCUAUCUUUGCAGAUGUAUGGUUGUCGUGUUGUUCAAAAGGCUCUUGAGCACAUCUUGACCGAACAACAAGCAACCCUCGUCAAGGAGCUAGAUGGACAUGUUCUGAAGUGUGUCAAGGAUCAGAAUGGAAACCACGUAGUCCAAAAGGCUAUUGAGAGGGUUCCUGCGGAGCAUAUCCAAUUCAUCAUCAAGGCUUUCCACGGCCAAGUCCAGACUCUUGCAACGCAUCCUUACGGCUGUCGUGUAAUCCAGAGAAUGCUUGAGCAUUGCGAUGAGACUGCGCAGGCAUCUCUUUUGCAGGAGCUUCAUUUCUGUACCCAGGCUCUAGUUCAGGAUCAGUACGGCAAUUACGUGACGCAACAUGUGAUUGAGCACGGGAAGGCCGAGGAUCGGGCCAAGAUCGUCAAUCUGGUUACCUCUCAAUUACUACACUUUUCAAAACACAAAUUUGCUUCAAAUGUCGUCGAGAAGAGCAUAGCUUUCGGGUCACCAGACCAGAAGCGUGAGAUUGUGAAGGUCGUUUGCGCAACUCGACCUGAUGGCACUUCUCCCCUGCAGAUCUUGAUGAGGGAUCAAUACGGCAAUUAUGUGAUUCAGAAACUUUUGACCUUGCUUUCGGGCCAAGACCGUGAAACUUUGGUUGAGCAAAUCAAACCUCAACUUCAGGCGCUGAAGAAAUUCACAUAUGGGAAGCAAAUCAAUGCGAUCGAAAAGCUGAUUUACAACUCUUCCACGCCAUCGCAGACAGCUUCUCCACCGCCUGGUUCAUCCGCUGCUACCCCGCCGGACCACACCCCGGAAUCGACUGAGGUGUCAUCUACAACAAGCAAUGCUGGCGAAGUUCCCGUGGUCGAAAAGACUACCGAGUAA